UGACGUGUUGUGAGCGUGAUGACGUUAAUGUAUCGCGUCCAUGUUAGCUGAUUUAUUCUGUCCGGAGGAACAGGAGGGUUUUCGGCGGUAAAUGUGUGAAUAAUGGCCGAGUGUGUUCGCUCUCAGGCCGGGAUUCACCGCGUGUGAGUCUCAGUCCGAGUUAGAAACUGGAUCUGUUCUGUACACCGUGAGUCCUCCAACCGGCUUUAUGCCGUUCUGUUUUUAGGCUAGGCUAAGCUAGGCUAGGUUAGGCUAGCCUUUUUCUCCAGCAUGUACCCUGCGUGGGGCGGUUAUGGUGGCGGAGGCCCGCAGCCUCAGCACUUCUGCCCGCGCACUCAGACGUUCCGCGGUCCGCCUCCGCCGGCGGGAGGUUUCGGGGGAUACGGAGCUCCGUCUCCGGCUGCAGCGUCCAACUUCUCGAGUCUACACGAGCAGCACCUCCAGCAGAUGCAGCAGCUGCAGCAGCUCCACCAGAGGCAGCUCCAGUCUGUGCUGCACUACAACAACAAUGCUAACAAUGCUAACAGUGCUGCCUCAAGCUUCAGCGCUGCUCCGGGUCCAGCGGCACCGCCACAGUGGACCGGAUCUGCGGCAGGAUUUCCAGGGCCUCCGGCUCACUUCACUCCGGAUCCUGCUCCAAACAGAGGCGCUGCACAGCCUGAAUCCCCGAGUGCACCUCCCCCUGCGGCCAAAACCAGCCCCUCAACACCAACACACACCUCUAACACCACCACCAACACACACACCACCACCUCCACCGCGGACAGUCCAGCAGCAGAGCCGAAAGAGAAGACCACAGACCUGUCCACCAUGUCACUACAGGAGCAGCAGGAUUACUGGUACAAGCAGCACCUCCAAAACCUCCAGAAGCUGAAAAAUGAGAAGGCGACGCAGGGUAGCACAGACGCUUCCUCUAAAGGAAGCUUAGACACACCCCCAGCCCCACCCCCACCCAAUGAAGCCCCACCCCCUCCACCACCUAAAGAGGAGCCUCCUCCCCCUCCCCCACCAGAUGACAAGCCCAGCAUGGUGGAGUGUGCAGAUCCGGCAGAGGCAGCUAGAUUGCAGCAGUUGCAGGCAGCAGCAGCACAGUGGCAGCAGGUUCAGUACCACAGAGCGGGCUACCAGUACCAAGCCCUGAUGCAGGAACACACACAACUCCAGCAGAUCCUGCACCGGUACCAACAGGUCAUCCAGCAACCUGCGCACAUACAGUCCAUAUCUGUAGACAUGCAGUUGCAGAACUAUGAGAUGCAGCAACAGCAGUUUGCUCCGGUGUUGCAGGACUGGGACAGACAUUUUAAGCUCUGGCUGGACCAGUUCCAGGCAUAUCCCCACAAAGACCAGUUACAGGAGUAUGAAGGUCAGUGGAGACAGUGGCAGGAGCAGAUGAACUCCACUUCAGCACAUCUGAAUGAACGCGUGACCACACUGAGGGGCAUGAAACAGCCGUAUGGUACUGGUGACUCUUAUGGAGGUGUGAUGGGACCGUAUGGACAGCCUUGCCCUCCUGCACCAGACUUGGGUCCCUCUGUGGCACCAAAUAGUAGGGAUAUUUCCUCAGGCCCUUCUCAGGGCACAAAUCCAACCAAUCUUCCAGGACCAAAUACCGUAGAAUCGGGUCCACUUCCAGGAUCAGAGGGUCCAAUUGGUCCUUCUGGAGCAGGGGUUAGACAGCCUGUUCCUCAUGGAAGGUUUGAAGGACCAAGAGGUCCAAGGUUUGAUGGUCCUAGAGGUUCGAGAUUUGAACCACCACCACAAAGAUUUAGCGGGCUGCCUAGAUUUGAUGGUGGUCACCGCUUUGGCAUGCCUCCGCGAGGUAAUCAGAUUCAGUCGGGUCCUCCGGCUAGAUUUGAGAAUCCUCUUAGGCAGAGUCCACCUUCUCGCUUUGAGAGACCGCCUGGACCACACCUGGGUCCACCCACAGGUCCGUCUCCACCAUCUGUUCCUGCCUCACAAGCUAAGCCUGGUCCUGUAAAUCAAACCAACUCGCAGCUGGGUAAACCUGAUUCUUCUCAGGGUUCUCUAUCUCAGAGUCUGACCACAGCCAAGAAUGAAAACAGAAACCCCCAAACUGAAACAGAGCAGAAGUCCAUGUCAGACGAUGUAAUGGAUUCAGGCGAUGGUUUCUUUGUUCAAAGUGAUCCUAUUCCUCAGUCUCAAGCUGACAAAGGCAAAAAGGCUGAGACAGUCAGACAGGCUGCUAACGAGGAGGAGUCAAAUAAGAAUACAACCAAAAUGACUGCAUCGCAAUCCUCAUCUGAACCUGUCCAAUCAAUUCAAACCCCUAGUACUGGCAAUAAAACCCCAGAAGCACCCAAAAAUAUCAGUGCACCACAGCAACGACCACCGGCUCCUCAACAAGGCCCAUUCCAACCUGACAUGCCCAAGGAACUUUCUGGUACACCAUGUGAGAUGAAUCAGAGUGGUCCUCCUCAUGCUCUCCGUGGCCGGGGGAGGGGACAGGGUCCUUUACUGAUGCGAGGAAGAGGACGUGGGCGUGGUCGAGGACAGAUUGCCAGACCUAUGGGUCCCCCAUCUAUGUCGGAUCCUAAUUAUCAUAGGGAAGAUGCUCCAUAUGACCACCAGCCACCAAUGGAUGAGGAUUAUAGUUGGGGGGACCAUUCCCAAGAGCCACAUGGAAUGAUGGGUGAGCAGGAAGCUCAUGAGAUGUGGCAGGCAGAAGAGCAUCACUUCCAGAAAGAAUACUAUGAAGAGACUGAAGAUCGAGCACCACCCAGAGGCAGGAUGGAUCCUGCAGAGGGACCGCAGGGGCACUGGGAAGAGGAACAGUCAGAUUACUGGGAGGAGGGUGAGCCAUACUGGGCAGACAGGAGACCUCCAAUGGUGCACCACAGACCCUCUUUUCCUCCUGAAGGACAUAGGCGCCCUCCUUUCCAUCCACGCUUUAUGCAUCACGGUCCACGACGUCCUCCACCACUAUCAGAUAUGGAACGUGACCCACACGGUCCUCCACCUCCUCCUCACAUGGGCCCUCGUUUCCGACGUGGUGGUCCAGGUCCCUGGGGGCCACUACCUCGCCAUGACAUGAUGAGACGACCCCCUCCACCACCUCAUGAAUUGUUGGAGAGGAAACCGAUGGGUCCACCUGGGUACCAUGAAGAAAUGGACAGAGAUCCCAGUUGGCCUCAUCCGCAUGGUCGGGAACCCAGGCAUCCUCCUUUACCCCCUCAUGAAGUAAUAGAUAGGGAUAUGAGAAGGCCACCAAGGCCAUCACAUCCAAUGGCAAGAGAUAGGUGGAGAAGACCUCCACGUGAAGAUCCUCAGGGAGAGUAUGAGCAAGAAUAUGGCACUGAGUUUGGCCCUGAGGAUGAAGGGUAUGGAGGACCACCUGAUUACCGUCACCGGGAUUAUAGGGAAGAUGAAGAAUUUUACCACUCCAGAGAGGAGUGGAGACGUGAACGUCCAGAUGAAUUUCCUCCACAUCCACCACGCGGGCCACCAUCAGACCACCUCAGAGAUGAUCCCUGGAGGGAGGAAAGGGACAGACCAUUCUCGUAUGAGAACGAGGAUCGCAUUAGAGCAGAGCGAAGAGGACCUGGUUAUGGUGAUGGAUCUCUCUAUAGGGACAGAGAACCUCCCUUCCAUUCUCGUCCUGAUUGGGAAAGACCCCCACCACCUCCACUGCCAGAGAGAGUGUACCCAGAUCCCUCUGAAGAACCUCAACCUCUUUAUGAGAGAAACCCAGAACUCUCCAUGGCACCACAGAGCAGUGCUGCAGAAGCUCCACUUGAUCAGAUAUCACCAGGUGGAACCAAAACUGUUCUUGCACUUUCUCAAAGGCAGCAUGAGAUCAUCCUCAAAGCUGCUCAGGAGCUAAAGAUGAUAAGAGAGCUGCAAGAGAGUAAAAAGGUUCUGGGAGAUCCAUCUAAUUCAGAGUCUACUGGAAUGCCUGCUGAAAUUCCUGCUGGUCUCCUUGGACUUGAAAUUCCACCUGAGGUUAAAACUGCCCUUCAGGUUACGAGGUUGUCUGAAACUGGACAGGAUGUUCCCGGUAGACUCUUGGAAUCUGGAAUACACCAACCAAGCCAAGUUACAGAUUUCCUCCAUACGGCAUCAGCACCGCCUCCUAAACCCACCUUCAUUGCUAAAACAGUGGAUUAUGGUCAUGGUCAUGAUGUGGGUGCUAAGGUGGAAAGGAUCUCGUACGGAGAGAGGAUAGUACUAAGGCCUGAUCCACUGCCGUCCGAUCGACCGUACGAGAAAGAGCUACUUGGGCGUCGAGGAGAUCCGUACUAUGACAGAAGAGGUGAUUCCUACAUGGACCAGCGGGAGUAUGGAAGAGAUAGGGAAAGAGAAACAUUCCGAGACAGGCCACCCCUGGAUUAUGACAGGGAUCGACUGGAAAGAGAGCGCUAUCUCAGAGAUGAUCGGCCACCCCCAGGCCCACCUCGUCCUGCUUACCGGGAUCGAGAGAGGGACGUAAGAGAACACUCGAGCCGCUCCAGCCGAGACCGGGAGCCAUAUAACCGCCCAGGCUAUGAACGAUCUUCAUAUGAGAGAAGCCUUGAGCGUUAUGAUCAUGGGGCUUCAGCUUACGGAAAUGACAGGAGGAGUUACCCUGACGAACCUCCUCCACCUCCUUCUGUUCCUCAACGUGUGGAAAAGAAACCUGAGACUAAGAAUGUUGAUGAUAUUCUGAAACCCCCUGGAAGAGCGAAUCGUCCUGAUAGGAUUGUGGUAAUAAUGCGAGGCUUACCAGGAAGUGGGAAGAGCCAUCUGGCAAAGCUCAUUCGGGAUAAGGAGGUGGAGUUUGGAGGAGCUCCACCCAGAGUGCUUGGCCUCGAUGAUUAUUUCAUGACUGAAGUGGAGAAAGAAGAGAAAGACCCCGAUACUGGGAAGCGUAUUAAAACUAAGGUCCUCGAGUACGAGUAUGAGCCAGAGAUGGAGGACACCUACAGGAACAGCAUGCUGAAGACCUUCAGGAAGACACUGGACGAUGGCUUUUUCCCCUUCAUCAUCCUCGACGCCAUUAAUGAGAAAGUGAAGUACUUUGACCAGUUCUGGAGUGCAGCCAAGACCAAAGGGUUCGAGGUGUAUGUGGCUGAAGUCUCCGCCGACCAUCAGACCUGUGCCAAGAGGAACAUCCAUGGACGCAAGCUGAAGGACAUCGUGAAGCUGGCGAACAGCUGGGAAUCGGUGCCAGUGCACAUGGCACGUCUGGACAUCCGCUCACUGCUGCAGGACGCUGCCAUCGAGGAGGUGGAGAUGGAGGACUUUAACCCAUCUGAGAUGGACGCUGAGGAGAAGAAGGACGAAGAGGAGGAGGCAGAUCUGGGAUACCUUCCCAAAAGCAAAUGGGAGAUGGACACAUCUGAGGCCAAACUGGAUAAGCUAGACGGUUUAGCUGGAGGAGGGAAGAGGAAGCGGGAUGUCUCAGCUAUGGAGGACUUCUUACAGCUGCCUGAUGAUUAUGCCAGCCGCAUGUCCCAGCCGGGCAAAAAACGGGUGCGCUGGGCCGAUCUGGAGGAGCAGAAGGAUGCUGAUCGUAAGCGAGCAAUCGGGUUUGUAGUGGGACAGACAGACUGGGAGAAGAUCACUGACGAGAGCGGACAGUUAGCUCAGCGCGCGCUCAAUCGCACUAAAUACUUUUAGAGCCAUUUAUACUCGCCCUCUGUACACACAGCACACGGUUCUCCUCUGCGGUGGUCAUGAUGGGGACGAGAUCCAGGCUGUGAUUAUUUCAUUAAUGCUGUGCAGAUUAGGCCACACCCCCUCUGACGGCCCUCCUGCAGUAUCUUAAGUGUUUUCUUAACCUGAGUGAUUUUUUUUUGUGUUUUUUGUUUUGUUUUUAGUUUUUUAUGCUUUACUCAGGUGAUGUCCUGCGGUUAUUGAUGUUUAUUUGAUGCAAGGUGUUAGCCUCAUGUGCUUGUUUUUUAAUCAAUGUUCUCCAUGUGAUUCUCUCAGACUGUACUCUUUCAUACACACACACACACACACUAAUAAACAGCACAGUAAACAGUGUGACA